UAUAGUCCAGUUUUUACUAAACAUUCUUUGAAACCAGACAAAGACAAAAGAAAAAGCUUCCUCAAGACACACUUCACACCCACCACCAUUAUCCUCAUUCAAUUCUCCUAACAUUCACAUCUCUUUCUAUUUGCUUCAACCUCCUUUUCUUUGUCCUUCAUAAAAACUCUAUGAUUUUUCAUUCCCUUCUUUCCUUAAAAAACGUGAAAAAGUUGGCACAAAAACAAAAAAACCCGUCCCUUCUUGUUCUUCUUCUGCUAGUGUUCCCUCUGUUCUCUGUUGCUCUUUUUGGUCUUUGAGUUCUUCUCCUUCAGAAAUUUUGAGUUCAACUUCAAAGUAAACCACUAUGAGGAAGCACGGAUGGCAGUUACCUUACCACCCUCUUCAGGUGGUGGCUUGUGCUGUGUUUUUAUCUCUGGGCUUUGCCUUCUACGUGUUCUUCGCUCCUUUUGUUGGAAAUAAGACGUGUCAGUAUAUUGUUAUUGGCCUUUACUCACCGCUGAUUAUUAGUGUCUUCGGACUGUACAUUUGGUGUGCAGCAUCAAAUCCAGCAGAUCCAGGGGUUUUUAAGUCGAAAAAGUAUCUAAAAAUCCCAGAAAGUAAAAAGCUUGCUAAAGUAAAGAGUUCUAAAUUAGGUGAAGAAUCAACUUCGUCAAUGCAUGAAGUAUAUGCAUCAACAGGUGGAGCUAAUUAUGUGGAAAAGGAGGGAUUGGGAACAAAAGGAGUUUCAAAAAAUGCUUCGAAUUCAGUGGAGAAGAGUACAUCAUCAUGUUCAUCCUGUGUACUCUUGGUUUCUUCCCCUUGUGCUUAUAUCUGCAGCUGCUCAAGUUUAACUGAUAAAUCUUCAGAUAAACAAAUAAGUGAAGAUGGUAUGUUCUACUGCAGUUUGUGUGAAGUUGAGGUUUUCAAGUACAGCAAGCACUGUAGAGUUUGUGACAAGUGUGUAGAUCACUUUGAUCAUCAUUGCCGAUGGCUUAACAACUGUAUAGGAAAAAAAAACUACUGCCAAUUUUUUGCGCUCAUGGUUGCUGCUAUGCUCUUGUCACUUUCAUUUUUACUAACUAAUGACAGGUCUAUACAUGAUUUUUGCACCUUGGGCUUGAGAUUGCAGUUUAUUCUUCAAUGGUUGACUGGGAUACUAGUGCUUAUCUUCUGUUUUGUCAAGAGGAAGCAAUUUUCUGUGGAUAUAUCCUCCAAGUUGGGAACCAGUUUCUCUCUGGUUCCUUUUGUUCUUGUGGUGUCCAUCUGCACAAUUCUUGCAAUGAUUGCUACCUUGCCAGUUGUUCAGCUUUUCUUCUUUCAUAUCCUCCUCAUUAAAAAGGGACUCAGCACGUAUGAUUACAUCAUAGGUAUGAGGGAGCAGGAUCAGCAGCAGCUAGAAAACGGAGGUCAGCAAAGUCCCCAAAUGUCAACUGUUAGCUCACUUACUGGAUUUAGUAGUGCAAGCUCCUUCACUAAUUUACACCGAGGUGCAUGGUGCACACCCCCACGCCUGUUACUUGAAGAUCAGUUUGAUGUGGUGCCCCCAGACACGGUUUCUGUUAGUUCACUGGGAAAGAAGACAGUGAGAGAAGAUCCGUUAAAGAAAAAGAAUCCCGGGACAGUAAAAAUUAGUCCUUGGGCAUUGGCACGCUUAAAUGCAGAAGAAAUUUCCAAGUCUGCUGCAGAAGCAAGAAGAAAGUCCAAAGUUCUGCAGCCUGUAACAAGACAGGAAUCAGAAAGCAGUUUUGGUAGCAGUGGCCGAAGAAUGCUUCCCAGAAUCGAGAACAAUAAGAAGCGGGCUGGUAAGCGGGUUCAUCUUCUUGCCGACAUGUCUUUGGAGUCUCUCACAAAAGAUUCUGCCAGUUAUGUCGAUAAAGGGUUGAGUGGGAUAUCUAGAUUUGCCCCAUUACCGUUUGAAGGGCGCAGUGCAUUUCAAACAGGUAAAGCGAUUUCGAGCUCAGCUGGGAUUGUUCCUUCGUCACCUGAAAGCAGUUUAGACUCUCCUGAUAUUCGCCCUUUUGGGGUGUCCUCUUCGGGUGUUGAUAAAGCAAGAAAGCUUGCAGGCUCUUCAGCUGCUGAUGCUGCUGCAACUCUGAAGGAAAUUCCUUUGUCAAGUUCAACUAGUGAUGGAUAUGAGGCUUCUGGUGGGGAAGACAGUGAUCGGGUUGUUCCAAACAGGAUUGUUCAGAGAUCUACAGAUUGGAGUAAUGUUCUUUUCAGAGCUCAUAUGGAUAAAAGUGCUUUGGAAAAGCCUGAAUCGUCAUCCAGUGUUGUUGGUCACAGUAGAAAAUUGUGACCCACUGUUGGUCAUAUCCAGUGUCAAUUAGAUAGCUAUAUUUCUGAACAUUUUAUUAGAAAUGUUCAUUCUUUGACGGGUGAGCAAUAGGUUCUUAAACAUUUAAGAUAAUACUCGCAAAUUUUGGACCUUUAAGCAUGUGGGAACCAAUGUACAGAGUUUCAUGUUGAUAG